AUGUCUUCUGAUGGUGUUGGCCCAAAGUAUGCAAGCGACAUGAAGCUCUUUGCAACAAGCUCGGUGACCAGUGAUAUCGAUGAAAAAUCCGCUGUCACGAAAACCAAAUCAAGUGCAAACGUUGACGACUACAUUGCUAAAUUCUUGGAAUUAUCCGAAGAUGCCAAAGCUGACGAUCAGAGGGAAAAACAGAUGACGUUAAGUGAAGGGUUGAGAACUUUCCCCAAGGCCAUUGGAUGGUCGUUGAUUUUGUCCACCGCUUUGAUCAUGGAAGGUUAUGACGUGAACUUGUUGACGAGUUUCUUUGCUUAUCCGGGCUUUGCCAAAAAAUUUGGUGACUAUUACCCUGAAAUCGACCAGUACCAGGUCCCUGCAAAGUGGCAAACGGGUUUGUCCAUGGGUUACCAAUGUGGUCAGUUGUUUGGUUUAUUUGCCGCUGGUGUUUACGCAGACAAGAUUGGGUACAGAAAGACAUUGAUGCCGGCAUUGGCCAUCUCGGUGGGGCUCAUAUUCAUUCAGUUUUUUGCUCCCAACCGUGAAGUGUUGUUGUUGUCUUACAUUCUAUUGGGCAUCAACUGGGGUUCGUACCAAACUAUAACUGUAACUUACGCAUCAGAAAUUAGUCCCGCUAGUCUACGGGUUUAUCUAACCACAUACGUCAAUGUUUGUUGGGUUAUCGGUCAAUUGGUUUCUUCCGGGGUGGUGAAAGGUAUUUCAAACAUGGAUGAUCCGCACGCGUAUCGGAUUGCUUACGGAAUCCAGUGGAUAUGGCCCUUGCCUAUAUUGGCUGGAGUGUUUUUAGCUCCCGAGUCUCCCUACUUUCUUGUGCGAAAGGGCAGGCUUCAAGAAGCCAAAUAUGCAUUGAGCAGAUUGUUGUCGAAUUGCAAGUAUCUUCCGGACAAGAGUCUUGUAAUUGAUGGGAUGGUGACCAAGAUCCAGCUCAUUGUUGCUGAAGAAGGCGCCCUCAACGCGGGUGCAAGCUUCAAGGAUUGUUUCAAGGGCAAGAACUUGAGAAGAACCAGAAUUUCGGCAACCACUUGGUUGAUUCAGAACAUGACGGGGUCAACUUUGAUGGGCUACUCAACCUAUUUCUACCAACAAGCAGGCAUGGCUACUUCAAUGGCUUUCACUUUUUCCAUCAUCCAGUACUGCCUCGGUAUUAUUGGCACUGUGGGCUCGUGGUUUUUGUCGCAAAAGUUCGGUCGGUUCACCAUAUAUUUUGGUGGUCUAUGCUGCAUGACAGUUCUUCUCAUGAUCACUGGAGGCUUAGGUUGUUCAAACUCGAAAUCCGCUAGCUGGGGAGUUGGCUCGAUGCUUUUGGUUUACACUUUUGUCUACGACUUGACGGUGGGGCCCAUGUGCUACUGCAUCGUGCCAGAAAUGCCCUCGGCCAGGUUGAGACAAAAGACGGUGAUGCUUUCGAGAUUUUUAUACAAUAUCGCGGGAAUCAUUGUGUCUGUCUUGUCCAACUACAUGCUCAACCCGACCGAGUGGAACUGGAAGGCCAAGAGUGGGUUCUUUUGGGGCGGGUUUGCCUUCUUGGCUGCUAUAUGGGCGUAUUUCGACUUGCCCGAAACACGCAAUAGAACAUUUGCUGAGCUCGACAAGUUGUUUGAAGAUGGUGUUCGGGCAAGACAAUUCAAGCAUACAAUCCCCAACACGUUUGAUGCUAUGGAGAUGAUGCAAAAGAUGGGAGACCAAGGAGUCAAGGAUGUUAUUAACACAAGAGAGCAUGUUGAGUAUGCUGAUCAGGAACAAGGAGUGGAGAACCAGCAGAGAGAGGAGACCAAAAGAAGCUCGUAA